AGAGGGAGCGCGCUUGACUAAAGCACGCGCCAGGCAGUGAUGUGUCGCAGAUUUUUAAAACUCAGAAAGAUAACCUAAAAUACCGCUCAACUAUCCAAUACGUGCAUGUGAGUACGUGAUAAAGACUCCGAUAAUAGAAAAGGAUUAUAGAGUAGACAAAAAGCUUGUUUUAGCCGCUGCAGCGAGUUUUGGGGGUUAUUUUUCUUGGAAAGAACGAGAAACAUUUCGCGUUCCCUGUUUUGAGCGUGCGACAAGCAGCCUAGGAGCGAUGGAACUGUCAUCUAUAGGCGAACAAGUGUUUGCAGUUGAAUCAAUAACCAAGAAGAGAGUCAGAAAGGGUAAUGUGGAAUACUUAUUGAAGUGGCAGGGAUGGCCACCAAAGUACAGCACCUGGGAACCAGAGGACCACAUACUGGACCCACGCCUGGUGCUGGCUUAUGAAGAGAAGGAGGAGAAGGACCGAGCCCUGGCAUACCGCAGGAAAGGACUCAGACCACGAAGACUCGUCUUGCGGUCUUCUCUUCUCCUACAGAAUAUCUAUGCCAUGGACCUCCGUAGUGCACACAAAGUCCCAGAUACCCCUCGUCUGCGCCUCUCCCUUACCCGCUCCAUGGGCUCCGAGCUGGACCAGGGCAGUCUGCCAUACAGGGCGGGGGAGGGAGGGAGCGUCUACUACCCCGCCUGGCAAGACGCAAGAACAAGCAGAGGGUGUCCAAACCUGUGUCUGACACCAAUUCCCUUCAACCACUGACCCGCAUACAGGACCCCAUGGAGCAUGAAUGGCAAGGCGCAGAGGAGAGACCGGAAUCAGAGUUAACAACAGGCACACGUGAACAGUCUAUUCAGUUUGUUUUCUGUCAAACAUUUGAUGAAACAUUUGAUCAUCUAUUUUUUAUCUCGGUUUGAAGGUCAGGAUUGGUCCUAUUCGUGGUAUAUUGAUCUCAUUUCCUGUGUCUUUCUCUCUUAAGGGCAUAGCCGGUCAGAGUGCAGCUAUCCCAUGAUGGAGCAGGAGGUGGAGUCGACGACUGACAGAGUGGAGAGUUGUGGUUCCACACUGGGCUCUGGAGAUGAGACAUUGGGGGGUGGGGCCUUGUUGAGGGUGACAGGGGCAGGGUACAGGUCAGAGGGUGGGACCUCUGAAACUGGACAGGAACAAAUGGAUAGGACUGAUCAAUCAGAGAGCUGUGUUUCUGCAGAGGGUCCAGAAGACCUUAACAUUAGCAAUAGGUUAGUGGACAGUGACACAGAAGUGGAAUUGGGGACAGAUACCUUGAUUGACAGGGUAGAAAGGUUAGGCACAGCUAAUGCUAUUGAGAGGGUAGAGGGGUUGGGGACAGAUUAUUUUAUUGACAGGGUAGAGGAGAUGGGGGGACAUAUUCUGAUUGACAGGGAUAGCACUUCAGUGGUGGAUGUUGGAGAUGAAACCGUGGCUGAUGGUUCUGUGGUCUGUACCGAUGUUGAGGUUGCAGAGGAAGUGGUGGAGAAUGACACAAAACAGCAAGGUGAAGAGGUUGUGACACAGUGUCCAGACAGUAGUGGCGCAGAAGUGAAUCCUGGCAAAGUGAUUGUGACCUAUGUGACUAUCAACUCUUUGACCGUAACUUUCAAAGAGGCCUUGGCAGCUGAAGGGUUUUUUAAGAGCUGAAGGACAGAGUUCUGAGUGAGGAUUUAGAGAACACGUGAGGUUAUACAUGAAAUGCAGCCCAUAUGUUGAGUUUACCACUUAGGAACAUGUUUAGAUAAACAACCACAAUGCAAUUUGACAUUGAAGAUGUUUACAAAGCCUAUGAGAGUAAAUUGAUACCAAUUACUAGGGUUUUGGUGAGGUAUUGUACCUUAGAGAAUUGGCUGGUAAUUUUCACGUUGUGUUUGGUUCUGGAAAGAAGAUUAGUAAGAGAGGAUGAGGGAAGAUGGAUGAGGGAGAGAGCAGUUGACUCCUGAAUGUCAUAUUUAUAACAUGACUACUUCUCCAACGUCUCUUAUUCCAGGAGGCUCAUUUCGGUUGCUCUUUUUUCUAACGCUUUUGUAUUGUCGUCUGUCUUCCUCAGUAUGAACAGUAAGUUCUGCAUGUCCCGUAUGUCAUGCACACCCUUGUCCUCCAUUCGAUUUGUUGGUUUGA